AUGGAUUUUGGAGGAGCAUACGGCAGCUUGGGUGGUCCCAACAUUACCAUCAACAGCCUCACAAGAGACAAGAUUUCUUUUAUUCUAAGUGAUACCGAUUUAAGUGUUGCCAAUGCGUUACGUCGAGUCAUGAUUGCAGAGGUGCCGACUGUAGCCAUCGAUAUGGUCGAAUUUGAGACGAAUACAACUGUUCUUGCCGACGAGUUCCUUUCACAUCGACUUGGUAUGGUGCCUAUCGAUAGUCGCGAUGUCGAAAAGUUGAGAUACACCAGAGAUUGUACUUGCUCUCAAUACUGCCCUGAAUGCUCUGUUGAAUUGACAAUGCAUGUCAAAUGUACCGAUGAUCGAACAAAAUACGUCACGAGUCGAGAUCUGAUAUCAUCCAAUCCAUCCUUUGUUCCUGUUAUACAAGAUAAGGAUGACCCAGGUGUAUUGCUAGCCAAGUUACGCAAGGGCCACGAGCUUAAACUCAAGUGUAUUGCAAAGAAAGGAGUAGCAAAGGAGCAUGCUAAAUGGAGUCCGGUCUGUGGUGUGGCUUUCGAAUAUGAUCCUUACAAUAAGCUGCGGCAUACCCAGUAUUGGUUUGAGGAGAGUGAAAAGGAAUGGCCAUUGAGUCACAAUGCAAAGUAUGAAGAUCCACCCGAUCCUGAAGCACCCUUUGAUUACAAUGCAAAACCCGAUCGAUUUUAUUUUGAAGCAGAGACUGUUGGAUCAUUAUCACCUGAUGAAGUUGUGACCAUGGCACUCAAGACGCUGGUUGAUAAGCUGGCCUAUGUACAAAUGCAGAUUCAAGAAGAGGUGGAUACGAAGGAUCAAGAUAAUGUGAAUGCAUGGAAUUUCUAG